AUGGAAGGCGCCUUAGUCAGCUCCCCCAGACCAGAAGGAUCUAGCCAGCCCUUGACAGCUGCAGCAUGUGCGACUGGCGAGUCUCCCAACGCGCCAAACAAAAAAUGGCCUGCCUUGCACCGUCCAACUGUUGGUAGCCAAAACACCUUCCGAUCUAUCUGUUGCGACACAGCGCUCAAGUUUCUGACACCUUCCCCUGAAUCCCGGGCCGACCCUGGGCUCAUUCGACCUGUUGCGCCCAACCACACCGACAACCCCGUGCGACAAGCUCCAAUCGCAAUGGCUGCGCGACGGGACGGGAACGCGUCCGAGGUGCGCGAAUCCAUCGAGGCUAAGGGCGCCGCUGAUCGCGAUGUCCACAUGGCCGACGCGGUCGCCGACGAGGAUGUCGAUGCCGAGGGCGAAGACGAUGUUGACGCCGAGGGCGACGAGGAUAUGGACGAGCAGAAACCGGACAAUGCAGACCAACGGGAUCAACAGCACCUUUUGGAUCUCAUUGAGACCACUUCGCACUACCUAUGCACCUACAGAGAACAUGACGAGGAGGUAGCAGCGGGAUUCCAACGGAUACCAAACAAAAGGUUAAUUCCCGACUACACCGAUGUGAUCAAGGAACCUAUCGCAUUUAGCACCAUUCGGGGCAAAAUCCAGAAGAAGCAGUACACGGCAUUUUCCGAGUUUGUUCGCGAUGUCGCUCUCAUCUCUCACAACGCUCAGGUCUAUAAUCGACCAUCCGCUCCCAUCUUUGGACAGGCCGUUCGCCUGCGAGAGAUAUUUGUUGCUAAGCUGCAAGCUAUGAUCCAGAAGGGUGAGAUCAAACCCGAAGAGGCUGAGCUUCCAGAUCUCGGCGAGCUGCCAGAGAUGGAUGAAUCCCCCCCACCAGACGCCGAGGACGAGGAAAUGGACGAGGAUGAAGAAGAUGAGGAAGACUUUGAGGAAGAUGACGACUCAGACGAUGAGGGAGGUCGUCGGCGAGGUCGUCGACGAGGUCGCGCUUCUUUCGGCAAGAAGGACAAAUUGGACGAUGAAGAUGUGCACAAGAAGCGUGGCCGGCCCCCAAAGGUAUUUACCCCUAUGGAGGCCCGCAUUCAUGCCGUCAUCAAGGGCUUGCGGAAGUUCAAAAAUGACGAUGGCGAACCGCGCAUUGUUCCCUUUGAAAAGCUACCCGAGGCCAAAGCCAAUCCCCAGUACUACGAAGCCAUUCUGAAUCCCAUGGCACUCGAUCUUAUUAAGCGCAAGGCAAAGCGCAAGAAGUAUCAGAGCGUCGACCAACUUCUUGCGGAUAUCGAGGUCAUGUUUGAGAAUGCCAAGCUCUAUAACGAAGAGGGCAGUGAGAUCUACGAGGAUGCCGUGGAGCUGCAGAAACAGGCCCGUAUAUUGGCCGCCGACCAGAAAUCGAAACCUGACGAUGAUUUUCGCGACGACGACGGGAAGCUGCCGCUCUCUGAAGCGCAUCACAAUGGCGAGGUAUGGCGCGUCGGCGACUGGGUACACAUUCGUAACCACAAUGACUUGUCCAAACCCAUUGUUGCCCAACUCUAUCGGAUUUGGAAGGAUGCGUCCGGACAAGUCUGGGUCAACGCAUGCUGGUACUAUCGUCCAGAACAGACGGUGCAUCGAUUCGAGAAGCAUUUCUACGAGAAGGAAGUGGUCAAGACAGGGCAGUAUCGCGACCACCGCAUAGAAGAGGUUAUCGACCGCUGCUUCGUCAUGUUCAUCACGAGAUUUCCUAAGGGCCGACCCCGUGGGUUUCCCCCAGACAAGGAAGUAUAUGUCUGCGAGGCACGGUACAACGAGGAAAAGUUUCGCUUCGCCAAGAUCAAGACAUGGGCGAGUUGCGUUCCUGACGAAGUCCGCGAACGAGACUACGAAAUGGACCUGUUUGAGAUGCCUCGCAAGCUGAGAAAAAUCCCCAGUCCCAUCAAGCAUCUCCUGCGAGAAGACGCAAAGGAAACCGACCCCUUGCCAAAGCCGACAUGGGGUAGUCCCAAUGCGCCACCUAUGAUUGGUGCGGUGCACAAACGUCCGAGAGAGUCGAAUGAAUCUCCGCCACCAGAACCAACUCCACCGCCAACUCCUGCUGGCCCCAUGGACAUGCACAUGGACCCAAACCGGCGGCCUUCCAUGAAGAGCGAUGGAGGCAUGGUAGGCACACCGGCUGGCUACCAUCAGUUAGGCCCUGUCCCGAUCCCCUCACCUUCUCAUCCCACGUACGGCCAGCACUUUGCACCGCCCAGACCUGGCCCAACCCCCACGCCUCAGGCGGCGGUCCCGCACAUGCAACACGCGCCGCCGCAACCGAUGCAGUCUCCGGGCCACAUGGCCCAAGCCCCUCACUACCAGCCGCAUCAGGCCCAGGGAUACGGUCAACAGUUCGCCCCUUCGCCCGCCAACAUGGGGCCCGCCAACAUGGGGCACCACGCUCCCAUGCCCAACCCCGUCAUGCCGACCUAUGACCACCAUCGCAUGGCACCCACUCCAGCCGCGAUGACGCCGGCACGGGCUCCCAUGGCAGCCACGCCAAACACGACGGCGAUGCCGCACGCAAACGCGGGCGCCAAUGCCUACAACCCGCCCAGGCCGGUGGAGACGUACACUCUGCCCGAAGCCAUGGAUGCUGCCAUCCCGUCAGAAGUGCGCGACCGGUUCCAGCGCGACGAGCAGGGCCGGAUCCUCUUCUUCACGGCGCCGCCCCUCAACCGCGCGCAUAACGGCGUCGCGUCUGAGAGUGCAGACCUGGGCCACAGCGUGCGCUACAGCAAAGACAUCGCCGCGCAUCGCGAGGAGCGCCAACGCAAGCGUCAAGAGCGAGACGAGGCCGUCGCGGCCGAAUCGCGGAAGAAGGCUGCGCUUGAGUCGAAGGAAAGGGAGGAGACGGAGGCGAUGCUGUGGCGAGCGGCCGGCGGUGCGCUCGGCGAGCUCGUCCAGCAAAUCGACGCGGGCACCAGACUGGUUCAGGACAGCUUGGGCGGGUGGGACCGAGAAGAGAAGAAAGCUAUCAACGGUACCAACGGCAUAGCCGCAAGUGGGCUGCAUGAAUGA